GAAGAGUAUAGCUGAUCUGCAUGGUGGUGAAUGAAGUGUCGGUUUUCAGUGCAAACUCCUCCCCUACGGUCGGGCUGCGCUUUCCUUCCACUUGAACAACCAAGUAGUUUUCAGGGCUCAUUCCCCGGCAGCAAUGUGGAGGGAAAGGGCGAGCACGUCCAGCUGAAAUCUUUCUACUUUUUGCAUCGGGUUUUUUUUGUUCCUCUCUUGUUUACGCAUACACUUUCUAAACUUUGCGUUUCUUAGAAAAGCAGCGAAUUCCGUGGGAGGGAAGCGAGCGAGUCAGAAGCGAAGAAAACUGCAGCCAGACCGUCUUUUUUUUCCUGUCUUUUUUUUUUCCUCACUCGAGCCAUUGUUUUCUCACACAUGGAUAUUAGGAGAUGAAAUCGGACGUGUUUCUCGUGCUUGAGUAACCUCUCGGUCGCUUGGACUGGUAGUUUAUGUGGUCCCGGGGCUGUGUACGAGGAGGAGAGAGAGAGAGAGUCCUCAUUCCUCAGACGCACAACAAGGAGACACGCACAGGGGCCACAAGUUGUCCGCAAGCUGCGAAGGAGGCGAAACUUUGCCAAGUUGCUGCGCAUCCGGCCGCUGUCGCCAAAUAUUCAGCGAUAUUUUCAAACAGCGUCUCUCUUGUGACUUUCAAACUGUGGAUUAUCGUCGCAAGGCUCGUCAUGGACCACGGGAUUCCGUUCAGAGGAUGAGAAAGGAGUUUUGAAACAUGAACAGUUUCUUGUAGUUAGUUUACUACUCCGGCGACACGUUUGGACAACACUGAUCUGAUUAAAACAGUUAAUUGUUCUUGCCGUUGUUUUUUUUUUCUCCUCUCCUCGAUUCUUUACUGUUCUGCAAAAAUGCCACAGCUGAACGGAGGUGGUGGGGAUGAUUUGGGGGCCAAUGAUGAAAUGAUAUCUUUUAAAGACGAGGGGGAGCAGGAGGAAAAGAUAUCCGAGAAUGUAUCGGCGGAAAGGGAUUUGGAUGAUGUGAAAUCCUCCCUAGUGAACGAGUCGGAAAGCUCGUCAGACUCAGAGCAAGCGGAGAGGCGUCCCCAAACCAGACCCGACUCAGAAAGUUAUGAGAAAGCAAGAGACUACUUCAGUGAAGCACUGAGAAGGCAGCAAGAUGGUGGCUUUUUUAAGAGUCCUCACUAUCCUGGCUACCCGUUUCUCAUGAUCCCAGACCUCACCAAUCCUUACCUAUCCAACGGUUCGCUGUCUCCCAGUGCAAGAACAUACCUGCAGAUGAAAUGGCCUCUUUUGGAUGUCCCUGGAUCUGCAGGGCUAAAGGACUCCCGCUCUCCAACACCAGGACAUUUAUCUAAUAAAGUCCCCGUGGUGCAGCAUGCCCACCAUGUCCACCCACUGACACCCCUCAUCACCUACAGCAAUGAGCAUUUCUCCCCUGGCACGCCGCCAUCACACCUUUCCCCAGAGAUCCUCGACCCAAAGACAGGUAUUCCUCGGACACCUCACCCUUCAGAACUCUCGCCAUACUACCCCCUGUCUCCCGGGGCUGUCGGAUCCAUCGCACACCCCCUGGGGUGGCUCAUGCCACAACAGGGCCAGCAUAUGUACUCCAUCCCUCCGGGAGGAUUCCGUCACCCCUAUCCAGCGCUAGCGAUGAAUGCAUCCAUGUCCAGCUUGGUAUCCAGCCGUUUCUCCCCUCACAUGGUGACUCCACCUCCCCACAGCCUCCACCAGACUGGCAUUCCCCAUCCCGCCAUCGUCUCUCCGGCCAUCAAACAGGAGCCCAGCGGUGACAACAUCAGCCCCACAAUGCAUGCCAGGAAAUCCCCCAUUCCUUCUAAGAAAGAAGAGGACAAGAAGCCUCAUAUCAAGAAACCUCUGAAUGCUUUCAUGCUGUAUAUGAAGGAGAUGAGAGCCAAAGUAGUGGCAGAGUGCACUCUGAAAGAGAGCGCUGCCAUCAACCAGAUCCUCGGAAGACGGUGGCAUUCCUUGUCAAGGGAGGAACAAGCCAAAUACUACGAGUUGGCCAGAAAAGAGAGGCAACUCCACUCCCAGCUCUACCCGGGAUGGUCAGCACGAGAUAACUAUGGAAAGCGGAAAAAGAGGAAGAGAGACAACAAACCUGACUCAAAACCAGAAGACUUCUCCAUAAGAAGCAAGAAGCAGUGUGUGCAGUACCUGCCCUCGGAGAAGAUGUGUGACAGCCCUGCUUCGUCCCACGGCAGCAUGCUGGACUCACCAGCCACUCCCUCUGCAGCCUUGGCUUCGCCGGCUGCUCCCGCCGCUACUCAUUCCGAGCAGGCCCAGCCUUUAUCGCUCACCACCAAACCGGAGGGACGCAUGCACCACCACUUCUCCCUACCUGGGAAGGCCUCUGGAUCCUCCUCCUCCUCCUCCUCUUCCUCCUCCUCCUCUCAACCCAUCUCCAUCCCAGUUGGUACUUCAGGCAGCCAGUCGACUACACCCAUCCUCACCCGGGCAAUCCCCUUCACCUCUCUGCAUCCCUCCAUGCUCUCCCCUCCCUCCCCUUUCCAUCAGGCGGCCCUGCACUCCCAUCAUGCCCUGUUCCAGUCGCAGCCCCUCUCCUUGGUUACCAAACCAACUGAAUGAAUGCGCAAAGGCAGUUUUCUCCCAUUUAUUGUGCUGUAUAUUGCUUUUCUUUAAAAUAGGUAUUAGAACAACUUUUUUCUAAAUAAUGAAAAGGAAGAAAUAUUAUUGGUCAAUAUUUGACUGUCUCCUUUUCUACAUCUCUCAAUGAAAACAAAAUGUAUUUUUUGUAAAGUUUACUGCAGAACUGGUUUCUUUUUGAUGCAUUUAUCCAAUGAACUUCUUGUAUAAAAGAACCAAUGUACAUAAAGUUUCUUUAUAAAAACAAAAAGGAACAAAAACAUGUUUUCUUUUUAGCUAAAAUCUGAUUAAUGUUAGUAUUAAGUUUAAGUCAUUGUACUGGCCAAUAAUUACAGCCCCCUUUUCAAUUCACGAGUGUGUGCCCCCUCUUUGACAUGUUAAAUAAACAUUUGAAAUUGUUUCUUAAAA